AUGGGGCAGGCGAGCUGCAAGGAGCUCUACCAGUCGCUGUUCGACUACAAGACCGAGAAGUAUGUCAUCGCCAAGAACAAGAAGGUGGGCCUGCUCUACCGGCUGCUGCAGGUCUCCAUCCUGACCUACCUGGUGGUUUGGGUAUUCCUAGUGAAGAAGAGUUAUCAAGACACCGACACCUCCCUGCAGAGCAGCAUCAUCACCAAAGUCAAGGGCGUGAUCUUCACCAACACCUCGGAGCUGGGGGAGCGGCUUUGGGAUGUUGCUGACUACGUCAUCCCACCCCAGGGCGAGAACGUCUUCUUCGUCAUCACCAACCUGAUUGUGACCCCCAACCAGCGGCAGGAAACCUGUGCUGAGAAUGAAAGCAUUCCCAAUGCUGUGUGCUCCGAGGACAGUGACUGUCCUCCUGGGGAGCCUGUCGUGGCUGGAAAUGGAGUGAGGACUGGCCGCUGCCUGCGGGCGGAGAACAUGCAAAGGGGCACCUGCGAGAUCUUCGCCUGGUGCCCAGUGGAAACAAGGUCCAGGCCAGAGAAGCCUCUCCUGGGCAAGGCUGAAGACUUCACCAUUUACAUAAAGAACUUCAUUCGUUUCCCCAAAUUCAACUUCUCCAAGACCAAUGUGCUGGACACCAAAGACAGAGCUUACCUGAAGUCCUGUCGGUUUGGCCCCAAGGACCCCUACUGCCCCAUCUUCCGACUGGGGUCUGUGGUCAGGUGGACGGGGAGCGACUUCCAGGAGAUAGCCCUGCAGGGUGGUGUGAUAGGGAUCCAGAUCGAGUGGGACUGUGAUCUUGACAAAGCUCCUUCUGAAUGCAACCCUCGCUAUUAUUUUAGCCGGCUGGACGGCAGGUUUCCUGGAAACUCUGUCUCCUCCGGGUAUAACUUCAGGUUUGCCAAAUAUUACCGCGAUGAAGCUGGGGUGGAGUUCCGCACCCUGAUCAAAGCCUACGGGAUCCGCUUUGAUGUCCUGGUGAAUGGCAGGGCAGGGAAGUUCAACAUCAUCCCCACAAUCAUCAACGUGGGCUCAGGGGUGGCACUCAUGGGUGUUGGGUCUUUCUUCUGUGACCUGAUACUCAUCUACUUGAUCAAAAAGAGCCACUUUUACCGAAACAAGAAAUUCGAGGAAGUACGGGUUCCCAACCACCCUCUGUGCGCUCCUCACCACCCACACACAGGUCUGGCCACCCGGGGAAUGGAAAGGUGA